GCUAUUGCUAUGACGACUGCGAAACUAUACUUUUAGCGCUUUUCGUCAACUUAGAUUUAUUUAAUUUAAGUAAGACGAUGAGUGGAAGAAUUUUACAAUCCUCAAGCAGAGGAAGAUUAUUUGAAUCGAAUUAUCCACCAGGUACAAGUGGUAAUUCUAGACAGACUGGAAAAUACCCUGAAAUUCGGCAGAGAGGGUAUUAUUCUGAUGUUGUUGCUAAAGAAGCGGAAGAAUCUUUAAAUAAUGUUCAGCAUGGACCGAACGCUCAGCAACAAACGGUAUGGAACGCCAGCAAGGAAAUGCACAUGCCGAAUGUCCAUACAUUUGCCACUCCAGAAGAGAGCGAAUUUUUAAAAGAAAUUACAGCUCAUAGCCAGCAGCACGGUCCUUCUACUAAAAUUCAAGCAAUUUCAGACUUUCCUGAGAAGGCAUAUCAACCAAAAGUUCAGCUUCCUUUCCUAACUCCUCCUGGUCAUUGUCCUCGUAAAGUGGAAAUUGAGAGGAGGAAACGUCUAUACAGUUCACAGAGUUUGGAAGCUCUAUUGAUAAGUGAAAAAAUAGAUAUAGGCUGCCUUAUGCCCAAAGAUUUAACGGAUGGAGAAGAACAUGUACAACUAAAUGCUGAUCCUUCUAAUCCAGCUCCUUUUUCUCCUUUUCUACCACUUCACACUUUUGAUAAUACUGAGUAUGAUAUUAGAACGGAACCAGAAUGGCUAACUCUUGGAUACGAGGGAGAAGAGCGUAAACCAGUUCCCGCCAAGGCCCUGUUACCUACUAGAGAUGAUCUUCAUCAUCUCAGUGUUAAGGAUGCAACAAUUGAAUACGCUUACAGUGAUGUAGGAGUUCUUGAUUAUAAUCAAGAAAAUCGUUUAUAUCUAGUUCAAAAAAUCGACAAAAGUGGAAGGGUUGUUGCAGAAAAUGCUGAUAAAGAUUUGCAGUACUGGAUACCAAGAAUCCAAAUAAUGUUUUGUGCAGAAGAUCCAAGAAUUUAUGCUAAACGAGUGGCAUUCGCUUAUAAAUUCAGAGAAGAAACAGAAGCUUUCCUCCGUUACCAAAUGUAUGUUGAUUGUAUGCCUAUGGAAGGUGUUGGAGAGCUGGAUCAAGCUAGUCUUAAAAGAAUGAUGGAGUGGGCCAAGGGAUGUCCUUCACUGUGUCGUGAUAAGUCACUUGACGAUUAUAUGCAGGUUUUGGAGAAAGAAGUCAAUAUAGACUUUUGUAGGUCAAUGAAUAAAAUCAUAUUUGAUAAAACUGUCAUAUCUAACCCGGGAACAUUCGCUUUCGUUCGAAUACCUAUCGAAGAAGAGCCAGAAGUUCCAGAAAAAGCCUGCUGUCUAGACAUUCCAGAAUAUCCUUAUGAUGAACAAUAUGACAAAUUCGCAUUCAAUUCUCUCUUGACAAGAGAGGAGAGUAUAAACGCUCUGGUAAAAGUUGGAACUGAAUGCAAUAAAGUGGCUUCUAUGUCUCUCUUCCAUGUACCUAUGCCCAAGUAUAUGAGAUUAGAGGAAUUCGAACAAACUCAAAGCCAGAAUACAGCCCAAACCGCUCUUUAUCUCAAAGAUGGAUGGAAAUUAGCAUUAAAAAAUGCUGUUAGAACUUGUCUCAGAGACGUUGGAAAAGGUUGGUUUAACAUACACGAGACUAAUUGGAAUGUGUAUCAAGUAUCUAAAAUGAAAAAAUUAAUGGAAAGAGUUAAAUUUAAUAUGCAAGAUUCACUGAGAUUCCUUGUUCAGGAUUCCCUAGUCGCCUUUACGCAAAUGGUUGUUGAUGCUUCCAGAUGUACGUUUGAAUGUGAACCUGAAAUGGAAUGGGGCAACGAUCUAAUCCAAUCUCCAUACAAGCCAAAGAAGAAUGCAAUAUUCUUUAUGGAUCUCGUCAUUGAUGCUGAGGGAGUUCAUUUUAGCACUUUGUUGGGUAACUUUGAGCAAGUUUGCAUCAAUUUAUUCGAUAAAGGAAUCUCUUCAACUCAAAGUGUACCUCAAUUGGAGAAAUAUGUAAUGGAAGAUUUAAAUUUUACUGGUACGCCCCUUUUAGAAUCUGUCGGCGAACACGAGCCUCCAGUAGAGGAACUACGUAACACUGUUCGACAUGCACUUAAAUGUUCACUUGUACCUCUUAUUUCAUAUUCCAAAGAGUACGAACAAUUUGUCGAAUUAAUAAAUUUGGACGUGAAUGCGUAUUGCAAAGAAUACAACGAAAAAGAGCACACUGCUCAAGAAGUUCAAGCAGAUGUUGAAAAGCAUUUGACUGAAAAGGAUCGUAUAGAGGGAAUCCUUCCAAAUAAUAUUGUUAUUGGCCCAUAUUAUCUUAAUACUGAAGGAGUUCGUCAGGCGAUAUCAAAAAAAUGCAAAGCUUUAUCAAAUGCUCUGCUAGAACUGUUAGCUACCAAACUAAGAAAGCAAGCUGACGAAGCUUGCGAAGAAUUCAAAACUUUCGCCAGAAAACUAUACGAGAAACCAAAUUGUAUAGAAGAAUUAGCGGAAAUGAGAGAAUGGAUGAAAACAAUACCAGAUAAAUUAAAGGAACAUCAAGAGUUAAUUGAUAAAGCUAUGGUGGACUAUGAGCUAAUAGAAGAGUUCUAUUAUAACCUUUCUCAGGAAGAUUUUAAUACCAAGUGGACAACUGUUGGUUGGCCACAUAAAAUUGAAAUACAAAUGGCCCAAACAUACGAACAAUUAGAGGAAGAAGAGGAGAAAUUCCACAAACUACAAUUAUCGGAUCAAACUACAUUCAACGACAAAUUAGAUUCUCUAAGUAUGGCUGUGGCUGGUCUAGCCGGCUAUACAGAUCUAACAAGAGCACAUGAAAUCGCUAAUGAAGUGAGAAGAUUACAUAAACAGCUUAAAGAAGCUCAAGAACAAGCUGCAAUCUACAAUAACAGAGAAAGAUUAUUUGGGAUGCCAGUUACAAAUUAUGAUAAAUUAGCAAGAUUAGUGAAAGAUUUCGAACCCUUCCGUAAUCUUUGGGUUACAGCCUCAGACUGGCAGAGAUGGCACGAGAGCUGGAUGAAUGAUCCAUUGAUAUCUAUUGAUGCCGAAAGUGUUGAAAAAAAUGUUACAGAAUCUUAUAAGAUUAUGCAUAAAUCCGUUAGGUUAUUUAACGAUAUACCAGGAGUAUCGGACGUUGCUAUGGACAUUAAAUUAAAAAUUGAGGAGUUUAAACCAAACAUACCAUUGCUGCAAGGUUUAAGAAAUCCCGGAAUGAGGAAUAGACAUUGGGAACAACUAAGCGAGAACUUGGGAUUCCCUCUAAAACCAAAAGCAAAUUUAACGUUUGCCAAAUGCUUGGAGAUGAACUUAAGUGAACAUAUUACAGUAAUCUCAAAGAUAGCCGAAGUAGCCGGUAAAGAAUAUUCGAUUGAACAAGCACUUGAUAAAAUGGAAAAUGAAUGGAAACCUGUUAGCUUUGAGAUUAUGUCUUAUAAGGAAACAGGAACAUUUAUAUUAAAGGCCAGUGAAGAUAUUUCCCAACUGUUGGACGAUCAUAUUGUUAUGACGCAGUCUAUGUCUUUCUCACCUUAUAAGAAAGCAUUCGAAGAACGUAUAUCAUCUUGGGAAAAUAAGUUAAGAACAACCCAAGAUGUUUUAGACGAGUGGCUACUCUGUCAAAGACAAUGGCUCUAUUUAGAACCAAUCUUUAGUUCUGAGGAUAUUAACAGACAAUUGCCAGUUGAGAGUAAACGUUAUCAAACAAUGGAGAGACUUUGGAGAAAGGUUAUGAGAAAUGCUAAGGAGAAUCCACAGGUUAUCUCACUUUGUCCCGAUAAUCGUCUUCUCGACAAUCUCAAAGAAUGCAACAAACUGCUGGAGCAAGUACAAAAAGGUCUAAGCGAGUAUUUAGAAACCAAGCGAAAUGGUUUCCCCCGCUUCUACUUCUUGUCUGAUGACGAAUUAUUGGAAAUUUUAUCACAAACCAAAGAUCCAACUGCUGUACAACCUCAUUUGAGAAAGUGUUUCGAAAACGUUGCUCGAUUAAAGUUCGAAGAGGAUUUGAAAAUUACAGAAAUGUACUCUGCCGAAGCAGAAGCUGUUCCUCUUUCGGAAACGUUGUAUCCAACCGGAAACGUCGAAGAUUGGCUACUUGAAGUGGAAAGAGUAAUGAGAGAGAGUUUAAGAUCCAUUUUAGGAAGAGCCAUUGGCGAAUAUUAUAAUGUUAAAAGAACAGAAUGGGUAUUGAAUUGGCCAGGUCAGAUAGUUAUAGCUGGAUGUCAGACGGCUUGGACAACUGAAGUUUCAGACUCUCUAGCUAAAGGUGAUCUGUCAGGUCUUUUUCCAAAGUUACUUUCCCAAUUGGAUGAUUUAAGGUCAUUGGUCAGAAGUCCACUCACCAAAAUUGGUCGUAUGAUUUUAUCGGCUCUCAUUGUUAUUGAAGUACAUGCCAGAGACGUUGUGGGUAAGAUGAUAGAGGAAAGAGUAGAAAAUAUAAAUGAUUUUGAAUGGAUAAGUCAACUACGUUACUAUUGGUCUGAUGAAAACCUUUAUAUAAGGGCUGUAAACGCUGAAUUUUUAUACGGAUACGAAUACCUCGGUAAUACUGGAAGAUUAGUUAUCACUCCACUAACUGAUCGGUGCUACUUGACAUUAACCGGAGCUUUACAUUUGAAAUUUGGAGGAGCUCCAGCAGGUCCAGCAGGAACGGGUAAAACAGAGACAACAAAAGAUUUAGGAAAAGCAAUGGCCGUACAAUGUGUUGUAUUCAAUUGCUCUGAUCAAUUGGAUUUUAUGGCUAUGGGUAAAUUCUUCAAAGGUUUGGCUAGUGCUGGAGCAUGGGCUUGUUUCGAUGAAUUUAAUAGAAUUGACAUUGAAGUAUUAUCUGUUGUUGCUAUGCAAAUUACAACUAUUCAAAAGGCACAACAGCAAAGGGUUGAUAGAUUUAUGUUUGAAGGUGUUGAAUUAGCUCUAAAACCAUCUUGCGCUGUAUUUAUUACAAUGAAUCCAGGCUACGCCGGCCGUACGGAAUUGCCUGACAACUUAAAGGCCCUUUUCCGACCUGUUGCUAUGAUGGUACCCGAUUAUGCAUUAAUUGCGGAGAUAUCAUUAUUUUCAUUUGGUUUUUCGGAUGCUAAAAAUCUGUCCAAGAAAAUUGUCACAACUUUUAAAUUGUCUUCUGAACAAUUGAGCUCACAGGAUCAUUAUGAUUUUGGUAUGAGAGCUGUAAAGAGUGUUAUAUCCGCUGCAGGUAAUUUAAAACGUCAAAAUCCGGAUAUGAAUGAAGAAUUAAUAGCACUAAGAGCAAUUAGAGAUGUAAAUGUACCGAAGUUCCUUAUGGACGAUCUGAAACUCUUUAAUGGAAUUGUUUCUGAUUUGUUCCCAAAUAUUAAGGAGGAGCCUAUAGAUUACGGUUCAUUAGAGACGGCCUUGAGAAAAUGCUGUACGAAAAAUGGUCUAAAAGAUGUUGAUGGAUUUAUUCAUAAAUGUAUACAAUUAUACGAAACAACAGUUGUAAGACAUGGUCUUAUGUUGGUUGGUCCAACAGGAAGUGGAAAAACGAAGUGCUACGAAACUCUGCAAAAAGCGUCAACAUCAUUAAAAGGCGAGUUAUCGCCGGCUGGAACAAAUUUCGAGACAGUCUUAACUUGCGUACUAAAUCCUAAAUCUAUUACCAUGGGCCAAUUAUACGGUGAAUUUGAUCUUCUAACUCAUGAAUGGACUGAUGGUAUUCUAUCAUCUCUUAUUCGUGUUGGAGCCUCCUCAAUGGAUGAAGAUAAGAGAUGGUAUAUGUUUGAUGGUCCAGUAGACGCCGUAUGGAUUGAAAAUAUGAAUACUGUUCUAGACGAUAACAAAAAACUCUGUUUAAGUUCGGGUGAAAUUAUUAAAUUGACUGAGAACAUGACAAUGAUGUUUGAAGUACAAGAUUUGGCUGUAGCAUCACCAGCCACAGUUUCACGUUGUGGUAUGGUCUAUCUUGAACCAUCAAUUCUUGGUUUACAACCAUUUGUAGAAUGCUGGUUAAAAAAAUUACCUGACCUAUUAUACUCCUAUCGAGAUAAAUUUCAAAGUUUAUUCGAUCAUUUUCUGGAGCCUUCCAUCAAUCUGAUUAGAAAGAAAAUGAAGGAGAUCGUUCCAAGUGUCGAUUCCAAUUUAACAUAUAGCUUGUUAAAAAUGUUGGAUUGUUUCUUUAAACCAUUCCUUCCAAAAGAAUCGCGAUCAGGUUAUUCGGGUGACAAACCAAUACCUAUGGAACGAUUGGCAAGAAUAGAAGAACUUAUUGAACCUUGGUUUCUAUUUUCUCUUGUUUGGUCUGUUGGAGCUACUGUAGAUAAUGAUGGAAGAAAAAAAUUUUCUGAAUAUAUUCGGGAAGAGUCUAAAUCAUUUGGAAUAAAACUUGAAUUUCCAUCUGAUGGAUUAGUAUACGAUUAUAGAUUAGAUGAUGCUGAUAUAUCGCUACCUGCAGCGGAAGAAGAAGAAGAGGAAGAGUUAAAAAAGAGAAAGGUUCAAUGGAUCGGCUGGAUGGAAAAUAUACCCGAAUAUGUUAUAACUACAGAUAUGAAAUUUUCCGAUAUCAUUGUGCCUACAUUAGAUACUGUACGAUCUGCUUUCCUACUCGAAAUGCUCUUAACCAACAAUAAAACGGUUGCUUGCGUUGGACCAACAGGAACGGGAAAAUCUCUAGCAAUUGCUAACAAGCUGGCCAGAUCAAUGCCUAAAGAAUAUAUACCAGAAUUUAUUACAUUUUCGGCUAAGACGAGUGCAAAUCAAACCCAAGAUUUAAUUGAUGGUAAAUUAGAUAAGAGAAGAAAAGGAGUAUUUGGCCCACCAUUAGGAAAAUACUUCCUUUUCUUUGUUGACGAUCUGAAUAUGCCAGCGCUGGAAGUUUACGGUGCACAGCCUCCUAUUGAACUUAUCCGCCAAUGGAUGGACUUUGGUGGUUGGUAUGAUAGAAAGGCUAUUGGAGAAUUUAGAAAUUUGGUAGACGUCAAUUUUAUUGGAGCUAUGGGACCACCUGGGGGAGGAAGAAAUCCCAUUACGCCUCGUCUCUUAAGACAUUUUAAUUAUUUGUCUUUUACCGAAUUAGAAGAGGAAAGCAUGAUGACCAUUUUCGGUAGAAUUCUCAAUUUUUGGAUAAGCAACAAUGCUGGUUUAUCUCAUUUAAAUGAAAACAUGGUCAAAACGUGCAUUAGUGUUUAUAGUACUAUUACAACCCAAUUACUACCGACUCCGGCUAAAUCCCAUUAUACUUUCAAUUUGAGAGAUUUAUCAAAAGUUUUUCAAGGUAUGCUUAUGGCUGAUCCUUCAAAAAUUGCUAACGAGCAAGAAUUACUAAGAUUAUGGUACCAUGAGAGUGCCAGAGUAUUUUCUGAUAGGUUGGUUAACGAUGACGAUAGAAAAUGGUUUAAGGAACUUUUGGAGAGUAAGAUAAAAAACGAUUACAAUAUUGAACCUUCUGAGGUGAUUACUAGCGAACCUCUAAUGUACGGCGACUUUCUCAAUCCAACCGAUAAACAAUACACCGAAAUGGCCGAUCAUGAAAAGCUUACUGCAAGUGUGGAGGAAGGCUUAGAAGACUAUAACCAAAUUAAUACUGCAAGAAUGAAUUUAGUUCUCUUUAUGGAUGCUAUAAAACAUCUAAGUAGAAUAGCGCGUAUCAUAAGGCAGCCUCAAGGCAAUGCUCUCCUUCUCGGUGUGGGCGGUUCGGGAAGGCAGUCUUUAACUCGAUUAGCCGCUCAUAUAGCGGAAUACGAUCUCUUCCAAAUCGAAUUAUCAAAAAAUUACGGUGUAAAUGAGUGGAGAGAAGAUUUGAAAAAGGCUAUGAUGAAAGCUGGAUUGGAAAAUAAUCCUAUGGUUUUCCUCUUUAGCGAUACUCAAAUUAAAAAUGAGUCUUUUCUAGAAGAUAUAAAUAAUAUCUUAAAUAGUGGUGAUGUACCAAAUCUGUACGGUUUGGACGAAUUAGAUUCCAUCUAUAACACUAUGAAGCCAAUUGUCCAAGAUGAGGGUUUACAAGCAACUAAAACCAACCUUUUCAGCGCUUUCACAAAAAGAAUUAGAUCUAAUUUGCAUACAGUAAUCACAAUGAGCCCCAUUGGAGAAGUGUUUAGGGCUAGACUGAGACAGUUUCCUGCUCUUGUCAAUUGUUGCACUAUCGAUUGGUUUUCGGAGUGGCCUGCCGAUGCCCUCAGAUCGGUAGCCCUAAGAUUCCUACAAGACGCUCCAGAUGUAGAUGCGAGUGGAGAUAUACUCGAAGGUCUUGUUAAUAUGUGCCAAGAAAUUCAUAUAUCCGUUACGAAAAACUCAGUAUUAUAUUUAUCCGAACUCUCUCGUCACAAUUACGUUACUCCUACAUCAUAUUUGGAAUUAAUUAACACUUUCGUCAAGUUAACAAAACUAAAAAAGACUGAAUUAAUGAAUGCAAGGGAUAGAACGAAAACUGGAUUGGACAAACUACUUUCAACUGCAGAAGAUGUUGCCAAGUUACAAGAAGAACUUAAACAUAUGAAACCUCUUUUAGAGGAGGCCGUUCAAGAAUCUAAAGCAACUAUGGAGCAAAUUGCGAAAGAUACAAUUGUAGCUGAGGAAACUAGAACUGUAGUUCAGAAGGAAGAAACGGAGGCUAGAAAUAAAGAAAAAGAAACUCAAGCUAUAGCUACAGAUGCUCAGCGAGAUUUGGAUGAAGCAUUACCGGCUCUAGAUGCUGCUUUGCUAUCCCUAAAAUCUCUUAAUAGGAACGAUGUUGUUGAAGUAAGAGCUAUGCAACGUCCUCCAGAAGGUGUUCAAAUGGUUAUUCAAGCAGUUUGUAUCAUGAAAGGGGUUAGGCCGAAAAAAGUUGCGGGAGAUAAACCCGGAAGUAAAAUUGAUGAUUACUGGGAACCCGGAAAAGGCUUAUUGACAGAUCCUCAAAAGUUUUUAGAGUCAUUGUUCACUUUUGAUAAAGAUAAUAUACCAGACGACAGAAUUCAAAAAAUUCAACCAUACAUCGAUUCCGAGUCAUUUACACCGGCCAAUAUAGCCAAAGUAUCGAAAGCUUGCACAAGUAUUUGCCAAUGGGUACGAGCUAUGCAUAAAUAUCAUUUUGUAGCCAGAGGUGUUGCUCCAAAACGUGAAGCUCUAAAAAUUGCUGAAGCCGACUUGGAAAAGACACAAAAAAUCUUAGCCGAUGCCAAAGCACGAUUGAUGGAGGUGGAAAAUGGUGUUGCAACACUAAAGGCAAAAUAUGAUGACUCUGUUAAAAAGAAAGCUGAGCUAGAAAAUAAAUGCGAAGAAUGUGAAGCGAAGUUAGGACGGGCUCACAAAUUGAUUGGAGGAUUAGCUGACGAAAAGAUAAGAUGGCAAGAAUCAGUAGAAGAAUUGAAUGCAACUUUAGCAAAUAUUAUAGGCGAUAUUUUAAUUUCUGCUGGAUACGUUUCCUAUUUAGGAUCUUUUAAUGGAGCGUACAGACAUAAAAUGUUAGAGGAAUGGGUAGAAAAACUAGGUGAACAUAGCGUCCCAUUUAAUUCUGAUCCAAAUUUAAUUAAAGUAAUGAGUGAUCCAGUUAAAAUUAGAACUUGGCAGAUUGCUGGACUACCUAAGGACAAUCUUUCUGUUGAAAAUGGUGUAAUUGUUCAAUUUUCUUCUAGAUGGCCUCUAUUUAUUGAUCCUCAGGGUCAGGCAAAUAAAUGGGUUAAAAAUUUGGAGAAAGAGAAUGGUAUUGAUGUAAUUAAAUUAAGUGAUAAAGACUUCUUGAGAAGUUUGGAAAAUGCUGUUAGAUUUGGAAAGCCUUGCCUUCUAGAAAAUGUAGCCGAAGAAUUGGAUCCGGCACUUGAACCAAUCCUCUUGAAGCAAGUUUUCAAACAGCAAGGAAGUUUAGUUAUCAAGCUGGGAGAUGCUGUUAUUCCCUAUCACGAAGAUUUCAAAUUUUAUAUCACUACAAAAUUACCAAAUCCGCACUAUACACCUGAAACGUCAACAAAAGUGACACUUGUUAAUUUUACUCUAUCACCAAGCGGUUUGGAGGAUCAACUGCUGGGUAUUGUCGUUGCUGAAGAGAGACCCGAUUUGGAAGAAGCUAAAAAUCAACUGAUAGUCUCGACCGCAAAAAUGAAAUCGGAAUUGAAAGAGAUUGAAGAUAAGAUACUUCACAGACUAUCGGCAUCUGAAGGAAGUCCAGUUGAUGAUAUUGAUUUAAUUCAAACUUUAGAAGCUUCAAAAUUUAAAUCGGAAGAGAUUAAACAAAAGGUCGUCAUUGCCGAACAAACAGAAAAGGAUAUCGAUGAGACAAGAAGUCAAUAUAUUCCGGUAGCGGUUAAUACACAAAUCCUCUUCUUCUGCGUAGCAGACUUAGCUAAUAUAGAUCCUAUGUAUCAGUAUUCACUCGAGUGGUUCAUUGGCAUAUUUUUAGGAGGAAUUAGUAAUGCUGAACGGGCAGACAAGCUAGCUCAGAGAAUUGAAAAUAUAAAUGAGUAUUUCACAUUCUCCUUAUACUCCAACGUUUGCAGGAGUUUAUUCGAAAAACAUAAAUUAUUAUUUGCAUUCUUAUUGUGUGUGCGAAUUCUUAUGUACAAAGGCAAGAUUAAUAUGGAUGAGUGGAGAUAUCUAUUAGCUGGCGGUACCCACAAGGUAAAAGAUAUGAAUAACCCAGCUCCUGAAUGGCUUUCUGAACGUUCUUGGGGUGAAAUACUUACUCUAUCAUACUUAUCAUCUUUUGCUUCUUUUGCGGAUGACUUUCCUAAUCUUCUACAAGGAUUUAAAAAGAUAUUCGAUUCUAUUGAACCUCAUAAAGAAGAGUUACCAGGUAAAUGGGCUGAAGAAUUGGACGAUUUCCAAAAAUUACUUGUACUCCGUUGCCUUCGAGCUGAUAAAGUGACAAAUGCUAUGCAAGACUACGUUUCUAAUCAUCUAGGUCAAAGAUUUAUAGAACCCCAAACAGCAGAUUUAAAUCUCGUCUUCAAAGAUUCAUCACCAACAACGCCACUCAUAUUCGUGCUAAGUGUGGGUACUGAUCCGGCUGCAGAUUUAUACAAAUUUGCAGAAGAGAUGAGAUUCUCGAAGAAACUAAGCGCUAUAUCACUUGGUCAGGGUCAGGGACCUAGAGCCGAAGCUAUGAUGAAAUCAGCUAUGGAAAGAGGCAAGUGGGUAUUUUUCCAGAAUUGCCAUUUAGCUCCAAGUUGGAUGCCCAGCUUAGAGAGGCUAGUUGAACAAAUUGACCCGGAUAAAGUACACAGAGAUUUCAGGCUUUGGUUGACAUCUAUGCCAAGCCCUAAAUUUCCUGUUUACAUUCUACAGAAUGGUUCGAAAAUGACUGUAGAACCACCCAGAGGAAUAAAGGCAAAUCUAUUACGAUCCUACACAUCUUUUACCGAUGAUUUCCUUAUGUCGUGUGGUCUUAGGGCGUUUGAGUUUAAGUAUCUGCUAUUAUCACUUUGCCUUUUCCACGGUGUUGUUCUUGAAAGAAGGAAAUUUGGACCUUUAGGAUUUAAUAUACCUUAUGAAUUUACAAAUGGAGAUUUACGAAUAUGUAUAUCUCAGCUAAAAAUGUUCUUGGAAGAGUAUGAAGAUAUUCCCUACAAAGUUCUGAAAUAUACCGCAGGCCAUAUUAACUAUGGCGGAAGAGUAACUGACGACUGGGACAGACGUUGUCUUAUGAAUGUGCUUAAUGACUUUUACAGAUCGACUGUUCUAGAUGCUCAGCAUAAAUAUAGCUCAUCAGGAAUAUACAAGCAAAUUGAUCCAGAUAAUGAUUUAAAAGGUUAUAUCGCCUUCAUUAAGAGUUUACCAAUUAAUGAUACACCAGAAAUAUUCGGUUUACACGACAAUGCCAACAUCACCUUUGCUCAGAAUGAAACCUUCCUUUGCUUAGACGCUCUUCUAAAAUUACAACCGAGAUCGUCAUCUGGUGGAGGAGCAUCAAGAGAAGAAAUUAUGGAGAAAACAGCAAAAGAUAUACUGAACUCUGUACCAAAUCCAAUCCCUAUCGGACCCGUAAUGGAGAAAUAUCCAGUUCUAUACGAACAGAGUAUGAAUACAGUUCUUAGUCAGGAAGUUAUACGAUACAAUAGAUUAUUAAACACCAUUCACAAGAGUCUUAAUGAUCUUCUGAAGGCCCUAAAGGGUCUUGUUGUUAUGUCUCAAGAAUUGGAAAAUAUGGCAAACUCCCUAUUUAUUAACCAAGUACCAUCUCUUUGGUCGGGAAAAGCAUAUCCAUCACUAAAACCAUUGGCAUCAUGGGUAAUCGAUCUAGAACACAGAGUAGAGUUUAUUCAAGAUUGGAUUAAGGGUGGAAUUCCAUCUGUCUUCUGGAUUUCAGGUUUCUUCUUUCCUCAAGCCUUCUUGACGGGAACUUUGCAGAAUUUCGCGAGAAAGAAAGUUAUUUCUAUUGAUACGAUUAAUUUCAGUUUCGAAGUAAUGAGAGAAUCGGCAAACGAACUAAAGGAGCAUCCAGAAGACGGUUGCUAUAUAAGAGGACUUUUUCUAGAGGGUUGCCGCUGGGAUCCUGCUAGGCAUCAAUUAACAGAAUCAAGGCCAAAAGAACUAUAUACAGAUGUGCCAUGUAUAUGGCUUAUACCAAUGGCUAAUAGAAAACCUCCAAGUGACGGUAUUUACGAUUGUCCAGUUUAUAAAACCUUAACAAGAGCAGGAACUCUAUCAACGACUGGACAUUCCACAAACUUUGUUUUUGCAGUCGAAUUACCCACAGAUAAAGAACAAAAAUAUUGGAUUCAAAGAGGCGUCGCUAUGCUUUGCGCACUAAACUAUUGAUCCGAUUAUUUAACAAAGACGCUGCUAGAAAUCUUGUACGAUAUAAACAUUUAUUUAAUAGACAACGUUUUAAGCUAUUCUUAUAUUUUAUAUAUAUUUUGUUUUUAUAAUUAUUCUACACAUUCAAAAUGGAAUAAAAUAACAUUCUUAAGGCAAUAACAACAAAAACA